AUGCACGUUGCUGGAAGAAGAGUUCAUCCCAGACGGUUUACUCUAGUAAUAUUACUAGUCGGGAUACUCUUCUUUUUGUAUUUAUUCUUUUCACUGGAUAGCGACUUAGCUGAAGACGAUGAAUAUGAAAAUGAUGAUAUUAUCAAGCUGGUUCACAACCGACACCGUUUUGCGGGUAAGGGUAAAUGCCCCGAUUACGUAGAAUACUCACAGAAGCCACAUCCUCCAUUCACACAAGGAAAGUAUAAUUUCCCUUUCAUGCGGCCAUCGCUUGAGUGUCGAACUUUUACUUCGAAGGCUGUAGAAUACUUGAUUCUGGAUUUGAAAUCCAAAGUGAAUUCUGUGGACUUGGGCCGUUUGAUUGAAAACUGUUUGCCCAACACGUUGGAUACCACCAUCUUGUGGCACAAAUCGUCAUUGACCAAUCUCAAUGCUGCCAGAAGACAGGAUUACCCGCAAACAUUUGUAGUUACUGGUGAUAUCCACGCCGAAUGGUUGAGGGAUGCAGCCAGACAGUUGUCGACAUACCAGCCUUUGAUCAAAUAUGAUCCAGAAUUACGUGAGAUGAUUAAGGGAGCCAUCAGCACCCAGGCUUUCUAUGUCAUCAACUCACCAUAUUGUAAUGCUUUUCAUCCUCCUCCAGGCUCUGGUGUAAAGCGAGGAAAUACAGCUAUGGACUACGUAUUUCCACACCCGGACUGGAGGCAAGUAUUUGAGUGUAAAUACGAGUUGGACUCAUUGGCAUCGUUUUUGACAUUGAGUAACGAUUUCUAUGAGAAUUCAGAUGGCGAUAUUUCUUUCGUUAACCACUACUGGUUGAGAGCGUUGGAAAAGUUGCUAAUAGUAUUCAAACGAGAAUCCCAACCAUCAUUUGACGAAGAAACUGGUGCUGCCAUCAGAUUCUACUAUGCCUUCAAGAGGCAAACAGACAUUGGAACUGAAACGUUGCCCUUGGGAGGUGUAGGAAAUCCUGUCAACUAUGGCACUGGUCUCAUACGAAGUGCUUUCAGACCCAGUGACGAUGCAUCGAUUCUCCAGUUCUUUAUUCCAGCGAACAUACAUGCGCUCACGGAGUUGCAAAGACUUCGUAAGAACUUCUUGAAUGAAGAUGUUAUCACGGAUAAAGAUAUUUCUGUCUUGAUAGAGACGGUGGACCAUUUCAUUGACAGCUUGACAAAGGGAAUUGAAAAGUAUGGAAUUGUAGAGCAUCCAAAAUUCGGAAAAGUGUACGCUUAUGAAGUAGACGGAUAUGGUAGUGCUGUUUUCAUGGACGACGCCAAUAUUCCUUCGUUGUUGUCGAUUCCAGAUAUGGGCUUUAAACCAAGAGAUGACCCAAUCUACCAGAAUACAAGAAAGAUGAUUCUUCUGAAAUCUGGAAAUCCUUACUACUUGAAGGGAAGAUACUUUGAAGGUAUUGGAGGUCCUCAUAUCGGUAUUCACAAUGCCUGGCCAAUGUCACUUCUAAUGAGAAUUAGAACUUCAGACGAUGACGAGGAGAUCAUGGAGAACCUCAAGGCUGUCAUGGAUACCACUGCUGGUUUAGGUUUGAUUCACGAAAGUGUGAAUGUCAAUUCUGCCUACGGUAGAGAGUAUACCAGGUCAUGGUUUGCCUGGUGCAACUCUGAGUUCGGAAAGACCAUCUUGCAUUUGGCCAAGCACAAACCAUACCUAAUUUUCAAGGAAGAGUUCCAGUCUGAGGCAUACAAGAUCGAUGAGGUAUUGGCUCCUUUGUUAUCAAAUGUACCAAAAAUUGAUAAAGAUCCAUCCGACAACCAAAAACAUGUCGAGGGUGAACCUCGAAAUGAUGAAUAG